GGGAGAGCGGAUAUAGUGAAUGCGGGGUCCGGGGAGAGCAGAUAUAGUGAAUGCAGGGUCCGGGGAGAGCGAAUAUAGUGAAUGCAGGGUCCGGGGAGACCAGAUAUAGUGAAUGCGGGGUCCGGGGAGAGCGGAUAUAGUGAAUGCGGGGUCCGGGGAGAGCGGAUAUAGUGAAUGCGGGGUCCGGGGAGACCUGAUAUAGUAAAUGCGGGGUCCGGGGAGAGCGGAUAUAGUGAAUGCAGGGUCCGGGGAGAGCGGAUAUAGUGAAUGCAGGGGUCCGGGGAGAGCAGAUAUAGUGAAUGCGGGGUUCGGGGAGAGCGGAUAUAGUGAAUGCGGGGUCCGGGGAGACCAGAUAUAGUGAAU